AUGGCAUGGGUUACUUCAGGGGAUGAAAAUACUGACAUGUUUCAUAGAGCUAUUAAGAGUAGGAGAAUUCAAAACACUUAUUAUGAGAAGCUUCUUGGAACUACAAGAGAGUCAAGAAGAUGUAUCAAUGAGGAGAUCAUUGCUCUGGGACGAGUGCUAUCUCAACAACAUCAGGAUAGCCUUAUGUUGCCUGUCACAGAAGUAGAGAUAAAAAAUGCCCUGUUUUCUAUCCCUGGUGAUAAAUCCCCAGGUCCUAAUGGGUUUGGAACUUUCUUUUAUAAGGAUGCAUGGCAAAUUGUAGGGCAUGACAUUAUAGAGGCUGUUAAGGAAUUUUUUUCAUCAGGGAAACUGCUGCGAGAGGUAAAUAAUGCUGUGAUUACAUUGAUUCCUAAGGUGAAAUGUCCUGGAAAUGUUACUGAAUUUAGACCCAUUUCAUGUUGCAAUGUGAUCUAUAAGUGCAUUACUAAGGUGAUGUGUGCCAAAAUGAAGAAUAUCCUGCCUGAUAUCAUUACAGCCAAUCAAGGAGCCUUUAUCCAAGGCAGAUUCAUAGCCCACAAUGUGCUGAUUUGCCAAGACAUGCUUCGAUAUUAUGGUAGGAAGAUGGCAAGCUCAGGGUGCAUAAUUAAGAUGGACAUGAAGAAAGCCUAUGACUCUAUAGACUGGAGGUUCUUGGAAGAUAUGAUAAGGGCUUUAAAGUUCCCAGAGAGAUUUAUUUCCUUAAUCAUGGAAUGUGUAACAUCUCCCAAGUGUUGUAGAUAUUUUCCAGGAAAGAAAGGGUUAAGGCAAGGGGACCCAAUGUCCCCAUUGCUCUUUCUGAAUCACCUUUGCUUUACCGAUGAUAUAAAAUUGUGUAGCAAAGGUGAUUUUAUGUCUGUGUAUAUAAUGUUACAAGGCUUUAAGCAUUUUUCUGAGGCUUCAUGUCUUGAGGUGAAUGAGAAGAAGACUGAAGUAUACACACCAGGGAGACUAGUGUUGGUAAACUCUGUAUUACUGAGUAUCAAUACAUAUUGGGCUCAAAUUUAUAUCUUGCCAAAAAAAGUGCUUCAUGAAAUUGCUAUGGUUUGUAGAGCCUAUCUGUGGUCUAGUAAUGCAUUCAGUUCUAAGGGGGGAUAUGUGGCUUGGUCAAAAGUUUGUCUGCCCAAAAAGGCUGGAGGCCUAGGCAUCAGGGACAUUAAAAUGUGGAAUAGAGCUGCAGUUGGGAGAUAUGUUUGGGCUAUCACAGCAAAAAAAGACAACCUGUGGAUUGAGUGGGUCAACGGGGUCUAUAUAAAAGAGGAGGAUUGGUGGGGCUACAAGCCCCCAAAGGGAUGCUGCUGGUAUGGGAAGAUGAUAUGUGAAAUAAAGGAGGAACUAAAGGGGCUGUUAUCACAAAAUCUGCUUAUGCAGAUGGAGGAUUACUCACUGAAGGAAAUGGUGAGAUUGUAUACAGGAGAUUUGGAAAGGGUUAGCUGGGAUAAGUAUGUGUGGAAUAAGCUCACUAUUCCUAAACACAGAUUUUUUGUGUGGCUCACUAUGCAGAACAGACUACAAACAACUAGUAGAUUGCACAAAAUUGGCAUUGCAAAUUCUGCAAAUUGUUUAAUCUGUGAUGAUGAAGUGGAAACUCAAACACAUCUCUUGUUUGAGUGCAAAUAUAGCUCUGAUGUGUUCAGACAGGUGAAAAUUUGGUGUGGGCUCCCUGAUAAUCUCACAAAUGUCCAUGAAGCUCUGAGAUGGAUAGCAAGAAGCAGGAAGCCAUACAUCCAAAAGAAGGUCUUGUUUGCUAUAAUGGGGGCAAUGAUAUACCACAUUUGGGGGUCUAGAAAUGAGGCCUACUGGAAUCAUAGAGUAGUAGCUAUCAAUAGAAGUGUAAAUAUGAUUCAGAAAGAGAUAGUAGAAAGAAUGUAUAGUGUGAUGCCUAAGAAAAUAGGUAUAGCUGGAAAAACGUGGCUUAGGAGGCUAGCUAAUCAAGUUUGUAAUUAG